UCGAAGACGCCAACUUGCACAGUACCAAGGAAAUUCUAUAAAGACAGCCAUCUUGCUCUCAAAGCCUUCCAUAUUUCUCCUGCGUUCAGUGGUGCAUCAUGGUCGCCUUGGCCGAAGUCAUCGCUUCAAACAAACGUAUCGCAACAUCCUUUCCUGAUGGACUUAUCGCCGUAUUCAUUGGAGGUACCAGCGGGGUCGGUGAAUACACCGUGAAGGCCUUUGCUAGAUACGUCACCAAGCCGCGCGCUUACAUUGUUGGACGGUCCGAAGAGGCGGCCGACCGCAUCAUCAAUGAGUGCAAGAAGCUCAAUGCUCAGGGCCACUACGAAUUCAUUCAAGCAGAUGUGAGCCUCAUACGCAACAUCGAUGGUGUAUGUCACCAUAUCCAGAGCAAGGAGAGCGCCAUCAAUAUCUUGUUCCAAAGCCAGGGAUCGAUGGGGUUCACAAAACGUACUUCCGAAGGCCUGCCCUUAGUCGCAGCUCUCGCCGUCCACGGCCGAACACGCUUCAUCCUAAACCUCCUUCCUCUUCUCCAGAACGCUCGUCACCUGCGCCGCGUCGUCAGUGUCGGAGCAGGCUCAUUCGAAGGGCCCAUAGACACAGACAACAUAUCCGGGGUUGGUUUUCCUAUUCGAAAGUGGCGUGAUCAGUUCGCUUCAUGCAUCACGCUACUUCUCGCCAAAGUAGCGCAACAAGCUGCGGAUGUUGGCUACGUGCAUACAUGUCCCGGUGUUGUGGAGAGUGGCAUAAUGCGCGAUAUGGAACCUACCUUACAAUUGAGGAUCAUGGUGGCCAUCACGGGAUUGCUCGCACCGCUGCUCAAUACGUCGCCGGAUGAAUGUGGGGAGCGUCAGUUGUUCGCAGCUACUAGCGCCAGGUAUGGGCAUAAGAAGAGCCAGCAUGAAGCUCUGGGUGUUCCAGUAGAAGUUGCUGUGGGCCAGGCUAGGGGUAUCGACGGACAGAUGGGCAGUGGAGUUUACUCGACAUAUGUAAAGGGUGAGAGCGCGCCACUGAAGACGGAACGACUAUUGAGGGACCUCAAAGCGAGUGGUGUGGCGGAAAAGGUAUGGCAGUAUGUGCUAUCCGACUCUGUUAAGGUCACUGGAAAAGAAAGGAUGAUGUAGAAGUGACAACAUACAGG